AUGUUUCUUUUCGAGCGUCACUCGCUAGCUUUACCAGCUUCGCUCUUUCUUCUCUUCUUCCAGGAUGCGGUAGCGCUAUCUAGCGUUAAGAACGGUACUCUCGGCCAUAGCUUCAAUUCGUACGCAUAUGAGUUGGCGCCAUCUCUUGUUACCACUCGGAGACCAGAGGAGUGCCCACCAUGUUUCAACUGCCAGCUUGACAGAUUCUCGUGUGGACACUUUGGAGAGUGCUCCAACUAUGACGGACAAUGCAAGUGCCCAGAAGGUUGGGCGGGCAUUGACUGCUUGACUCCUCAAUGCGACUCACUCGCCGAUGGCGAGAAGCGCCGACAGAGGGAAGAUGGCCAGAAAUGCGAAUGCAAAGAUGGGUGGGGUGGAGUCAAUUGUAAUGUAUGCAAGACCGACGAUGCCUGUAUCGGGUUUCCCCUGGCGGGCCAACCGUCUAUUAUGGACGAACCCGUUGCGAACAUGACAUGCUACAGUGGGGGCGAGACGGUAUUCCAAAGUCACCAAAUGUGCCAGGUCACCAACCGCAAGAUUCUCGAUAUGCUUCCAGAUCGUCCCCCAGAAGUGACUUUCACAUGUGACAGGCCAUCCGCGACGUGCCAGUUUCAGUUUUGGGCCGCCGAAGUCGAGUCGUUUUACUGCACUUUGGAUCAUUGCGCGUCCAAUGUGGAACGAGGCUACGAUACCAACAUGACAAGUUACACAUGCAAUAAUAUUAAGUGUAAGUGUGUUCCCGGACGGUUUAUCUGCGGCGAGGAGAACAGCAUCGACAUCACCGAUUUCCUGAAGGAGGAUAUUGUUGGUCCAGCUUCGUUCACCUGUAAGACUGGGCAGGGAUGCAAGUUCGAAGAGCCCGGCAUGAACGGGUUGAUCGAAACCUUCUUCGGGGACGGCUACAUCACGUUGGAGUGUGAUAGCGGUGAAUGUCUGCACUAUUCACAGGUUCCAGGUUAUGUGCGCCCGCCCAAACCGGACAACAGCAAAUUCGUCGCCUUGAGCAUCGCCGGUGCAGGACUAAUCGUCGUCGUCGUCUCUGCAAUACUUUGGUACGGUGGCAGAGCGCGCUCCGGGGACUGGGGAGGGAUUCGUCUCCCCGAGAGCGAGACUGCGAAGCUGAUGACCGACCAUGUCCCCGCAUCGCUGCACUUCACCAACAUCUCAUAUACGAUCGGCAACCACACGCUUCUCGACUCUGUCACAGGCUCGGUCAAGCCUGGCCAGCUUAUGGCAAUCAUGGGCGCGUCCGGUGCCGGCAAGACGACGUUCCUUGAUAUCCUGGCGCGCAGGCGCAAGCGUGGUGUCGUCAGCGGCCGCACGCUGGUCAAUGGCAGAGAUUUCGCGGACGCGGAUUUCAAGAAGGUGACAGGCUAUGUGGACCAGGAGGACACUCUCAUGAGUACGUUGACUGUGUACGAGACUGUGUUAUACUCCGCGCUGCUACGGUUGCCGCGGGAGAUGAGUUUGGAGGCGAAGAAGUUCAGGACGUUGGAGACUAUGCAUGAGUUGGGUAUCCUCGGGAUCAAAGAUUCUAGGAUUGGGGACUCUGGACACCGUUCGAUCUCCGGUGGUGAGAAGCGCCGUGUUUCCAUCGCAUGCGAACUGGUCACCAGCCCAUCUAUUCUGUUCUUGGAUGAGCCCACGAGUGGUCUUGACGCCUACAAUGCUCUGAGCGUUAUCGAUAGCCUGGUGUCGUUGGCGAGGGAUUACAAUCGCACGGUCGUGUUCACCAUUCACCAGCCUCGCAGCAACAUAGUGUCGCUCUUUGAUCAACUCAUCGUCCUGGCUCAAGGCAAACUCAUUUACUCUGGAGAGGCGGACAAGUGUCACGAAUAUCUUCAGUCGAUUGGUCACCCGUGCCCCCCAGGAUUCAACAUUGCGGACUUUUUCAUCGACCUGACAAUGCAAGCGAGCAUAGAACCCAGCUCCACGGAGAGCCCACCGGCGGAGCCAAUUCCUUCCGACGGAGACAACAACGUGCGCGAUGAGGAGCGGGGCUUCAGCCAAGCUGUCGGCGCUCUAUCGUCCAUUCACUCCAAUGGACAGUCUUCCACCGCAGCCGACGAGACGGAGCUGCAGACGCGCGCCAGCUCUAUCGCUGGUUCUUCGUCCGGAUACAUCAAGCGCAAGACGUCCCAACUCUUGGAAGUGAUCUCGCCUGCAGCGCCGCGCCCUGGAGACGCACCACUACCACCGCUACUCCAGGCGCUCGUAGAUGCGUAUAGUACCAGUCAGAUUGCGGCGUCGGUUCAUGCGGAGAUCGAAGAGAUGCAGAGGAGUGCAGCCGUCGCCAGUGCGCAGCUGCCAGACGUCGCAAUGGAGAACACUCUCACUCGCGGACGCAAACGUGCUAGCUGGGGAACCCAGUUCCGCAUCUUGAGUGGACGCGCGUUCAAGAACUUGUACCGCGAUCCAAUGCUGCUGACAACUCACUAUAUUUCUUCCAUCGUGGUGGCUCUGAUAUGUGGAUUAUUCUUCCACAAUGUCACUAACGAUAUCCCUGGUUUCCAGAACAGAUUGGGCAUCUUUUUCUUCAUGCUGGCACUGUUCGGUUUCUCGAGCCUGACGACUAUUAGCUUGUUUGCCAACGAGAGAAUUCUGUUCAUGCGCGAGCGAGCAAAUGGGUACUAUUCGUCCUUCACCUACUUUGCAUCUAAGAUACUCUUCGAUAUCAUGCCGUUGCGAGUAGUGCCUCCACUUAUGUUCGGUGGCAUCGUCUAUGGACUAGUCGGUCUUGUGCCGACAGUGGCUGCCUUCUGGAAGUUCAUGUUAACGCUGGUGCUCUUCAACCUGACGACUGCGACCGUCAUUCUUCUGCUAUCGAUCGCCUUCGAGAGCUCCAGUGUUGCCAGCCUCGUCGGAACGUUGGUCAUGCUGUUCAACCUGAUGUUCACGGGUCUGUUGAUCAACCGGGAGACCGUUCCUGAGGCAUUCCAGUGGCUACAUACUAUCUCAUUCUUCCAUGCAGGGUUCGAAGGGCUUGCAGUGAAUGAGCUUCGGUAUUUGCAGUUGAAGCAGACAAAGUAUGGUGUCGAUAUUGACGUACCCGCCGCCACGAUUCUGUCGAUGUUCGGGCUGAGAGCUCAGUCCUUCUGGUGGCCGAACAUAUCGCUGCUUGGCAUCUUCAUCGGCGUAUUCACUGUUUCGAGCUACCUCAUUCUUCAUUUCUAUGUCAAGGAGAGGCGGUAG